AUGUCCGCACUAUCAAACGAAAUUAAUACUACAUUAUUGAAUGUCCUUCAAGGAUUUUCGUCGCCAAACAAUGAAAUACGUGCUGCUGCUGAAAAGACACUGAGUCAAAAUUGGAUUACUGCACAAAAUAUUCAAUUGUUAUUGGUUUUCUUAUCGGAACAAGCCGCAUAUUCUCAAGAUCCUACGACUGCUGCAUUAUCUGCUGUCUUAUUUAGAAAAUUAGCAUUGAAGGCUCCUCCUGAUUCUAAAGUACUAAUCAUUGCUAAAAACAUCACUCAUAUUGAAAAGGAAACUUUAAUUCAAAUUCGUACUACACUAUUGAAGGGGUUUGUUUCUGAAAGACCAAAUUCAAUCAGACAUAAAUUAUCGGAUGCAAUUGCCGAAUGUGCACAAGAGGACUUACCAGAAUGGCCAGAAUUACUUCAAGCUAUGGUUGGAACAUUGAAAAGUCCUGAUCCAAAUUUCAGAGAAUCAAGUUUUAGAAUUUUAUCAUCCGUUCCACAUUUAAUCAACAAUGUUGAUGUUAAUAGCAUUUUACCAAUCUUCCAAUCAGGUUUCUCGGACCCGGAAGAUAAUGUUAAAAUUGCAGCCGUUACUGCAUUCGUCGGUUACUUCAAGCAACUACCAAAAGAACAUUGGGCAAAAUUAGGUAUCUUAUUACCAAGCUUAUUAAACAGCCUUCCAAAAUUCUUAGAUGACGGUAAAGAUGAUGCAUUGGCUUCAGUUUUAGAAUCAUUGAUUGAACUAGUAGAAUUAGCUCCUAAAUUGUUUAAAGAUAUGUUUAAUGAAAUAAUACAAUUUUCCGAUAUGGUUAUCAAAAACACCGAUUUAGAAACUCAAGCUAGAACAACUGCUCUAGAAUUGUUGACUGUAUUCAGUGAGAAUGCUCCUCAAAUGUGUAAAUCCAAUCCAAAUUAUGGUCAAUAUAUUAUCAUGAAUACUCUAUUAAUGAUGACCGAGGUUUCCCAAGAUGAUGAAGAUGCCGUAGAAUGGAGAGAAGCUGAUGAUACUGAUGACGAAGAAGAAGUUACCUAUGACCAAGCACGCCAAGCCCUAGAUCGUGUUUCAUUAAGGCUUGGUGGUGCCUAUUUAGCCCCACCGUUAUUUCAAUAUAUUCAGCAAAUGUUGUCUUCUUCUCAAUGGAGAGAACGUUAUGCAGCUUUAAUGGCACUUUCCUCAGCAGCUGAAGGUUGUGAAGACGUAUUGAAAUCAGAAAUUCCAAAAAUAUUGGAUUUAGUUCUACCUUUGAUCAAUGACCCUCAUCCAAGAGUCCAAUAUGGUUGUUGUAACGUUCUAGGUCAGAUAUCCACUGAUUUCCAACCAGUAAUUCAAGAAACAUCUCAUGAUAGAAUUCUGCCUGCAUUGAUUUCUAAGUUAAAUUCUAACUCUCUGGAAAGAGUUCAAACACACGCAGCUGCUGCAUUGGUCAAUUUCUCAGAACAUGCUCAAGAUUCCAUUCUAGAACCUUAUUUGGACAGCUUGUUAACAAGUCUUUUAACAUUAUUACAAAGCAAUAAAUUAUAUGUCCAAGAACAAGCUUUAACUACUAUCGCGUUCAUUGCUGAUGCCGCCAGUGUUAAAUUCAUUAAAUAUUACGACACACUGAUGCCAUUAUUAUUAAACGUUUUGAAAAUGAAUUCAGGGAACGAAAAUGGCAUCUUAAAAGGUAAAUGUAUUGAAUGUGCGACUUUGAUUGCUUUAGCUGUUGGUAAAGAAAAAUUCAUGGAACACUCACAGGAUUUAAUUAAUUUAUUAAUUCUGCAUCAAGAUUCCUGUACUGAAGAUGAUGAUCCUGUGAAAGCAUAUUUAGAACAAGGUUGGAGUAGGAUUUGUCGUAUCUUAGGAGAAGAUUUUAUUCCAUUAUUACCUAUUGUCCUACCCCCAUUAUUAGAGUCAGCUAAGGCUACUCAAGAUGUUAGUUUAAUUGAGGAAGAAGAAGCUGCCAAUUUCCAACAAUAUAUGGAUUGGGACGUUGUUCAAAUUCAAGGUAAGCACAUUGCCAUUCAUACAUCUUUAUUAGAUGACAAAGUUUCCGCCAUGGAAUUAUUACAAGUAUAUUGUACUGUAUUAAAAAAUCAUUUUGCCGCCUAUGUUAACGAAAUUAUGAACGAGAUUGCUGUCCCAUCAAUUGAUUUCUAUCUACAUGAUGGUGUUCGUGCUACAGGUGCAACUUUGAUUCCAAUUCUGCUAACGUCUAUUACUUCUACAGUUGGUACUGGAAAUGAGGAAGUUCUUCAAUUAUGGAACAAUGCUUCCAAGAAAUUGAUUGCAGGGAUUAUUUCGGAACCAAUGCCUGAAAUCACUCAAAUAUAUCAUAACUCACUAAGUGAUUGUAUGAUGAUAAUGGGUAAGAAUUGUUUGAGUGAUGUAGAAUUAGAUAAAUAUACCCAGGGUGUCCAAACUAAUCUUGCUGAUAUUUUUGAAAGAGUUAGUAGACGUCAUAAUGAAGAUGAUGAAUAUAACGAAGAUGUUGAUGAUGAUCUUGACGGCUACACAGAUGAAGAUUUAUUAGAUGAAAUUAAUAAAUCAAUUUCUACCGUUUUUAAAACACAAGGAGAAAGAUAUUUGCCAUAUGUUCAAAGACUUUGGCCAACAAUAAUUGACUAUUUAGGUCAAGAUGAAAUCAUUCUAUCACUUUUUGCUUUAGUUGCAAUUGGUGAUUUGAUUAAUGUAUAUGGUGAACUAACGGCUAGUUUGAAAGAUAGUUUCAUUGGAAAAGUGAAAGCUUGUCUAUUGUCUCCAGAGCCAAGCAUCCGUCAAGCAGCUGCAUACGUUGUUGGUGUUUGUGCACAAUCUGCUCCUGUAGUAUAUCGCGAUGAUUGUCUCUCUUCAUUAGAUGUCCUUUAUAAAGUAGUUGGUAUCCCAGAUGCUAAAUCUACUGAAAACACGACUGCUACUGAGAAUGCAAGUUCGGCAAUCGGUAAAAUACUUACAGCUUAUGGGUCUGACUUCCCAGAUAUUAGUUCCUAUGUUCAAAAUUGGGUUAAAACAUUACCUACAAUUGAAGAUUACGAAGCUGCUGCAUCCAAUUAUAAAACGUUACAGUUAUUAAUAGAGAACAACUCGCCAACUGUUUGUGAUUCUUCAAUGAUUCCAACAAUUGUUGAUCAUGUUGUGCAAGCCCUUGUCAAGCGUUCUAUUAGUGGAACCACGGCCACUGAGGUUGUGGAUUCUACUAAAAAGUUACUGGGAACACUACCUCCAAAUGAUGCUAUGGGCAUUUUACAAAAGUAUCCAUCGCCGUAUAUGGAAACAAUUCAACAGUGGUUUUCUUGA